AUGUCAGCUCGAUCAUCACUUGUGAGCCUCAGAGCGGCAACUCGAGCGUUAAGACCCAACGUCGCUUCUCGAUCUUUCCGAUCUGCAGCUAUACUUGGACAAGUAUCACCAUCAGGUCAACCUUCAGUGGCACCAUUCUCAGAACCAGUCGGAGUUAAUCCAGCAGAAAAGACAGCUCCGCUGAAUUCACCUCUACACGAAUAUGGUCAAUAUAUCUUGACAUGUUUACCCAAACAUAUCCAACAAUUCUCGGUAUAUAAAGAUGAGAUCACGUUAUAUGUACCACCUCAGGCGGUGGUACAUGUAUUGACGUUCUUGAGGGAUCACACGCAAUGUCAAUAUAAGCAGGUCAUGGAUAUCACGGCGGUCGAUUUCCCGACGAGAAUCAAUAGGUUCGAGGUCGUCUACAACCUCCUCUCAGUAGCUCAUCAAUCUCGAAUCAGAGUGAAAACAUAUGCAGACGAAGUUACACCUGUACCAUCUGCUGUUGGAGUGUUCAGUGGUGCUAAUUGGUAUGAAAGAGAAGUGUGGGACAUGUAUGGUGUAUUCUUUAGUGGACAUCCUGAUUUGAGACGUAUCUUGACUGAUUAUGGUUUCGAAGGACAUCCGUUAAGAAAGGAUUUCCCAUUGACUGGUUAUUCGGAAGUCAGAUAUGACGAAGAGAAGAAACGAGUAGUCUAUGAACCUCUUCAACUCACACAAGCAUUCAGAAACUUCCAAGAUGGAAAUUCACCUUGGGAGCAAGUCGGUUCAGGAAAUCCAAACGUCAGACCUGAAGAAUUCAAAAUCCCUCCUCCUCCCCCACCUCCCAAAGAAGAAAAGAAGUAG